AUGGAUACCUCCAGCAGAGCAUACGCAGAAUCUCUGGAUCAGAAGGACGCCCUGCGGCACACGCGGGACGAGUUUGUCAUCCCGACCAAGCAAGAGGUCACCAGCAAGACCCUGGCAAAGAAAGAUGAGGGCUCCGAGCAGAAGCAGCAGAAAUGCACCUACCUCUGCGGCAACUCUCUCGGUCUGCAACCCAAGCGCACGUCUGAGAGGAUACAGCAGUACCUCGCAACAUGGGCGACACAGGGCGUCCAGGGCCAUUUCAAGCCGUUGGACGACUCGCCCCUUCCGACAUGGCUCGACGUUGACGCCAAGGCAUCCAAGAUGAUGGCUCCCAUCGUCGGCGCCGACCCUUCUGAGGUCGCUGUAAUGCAGACGCUCACGGCCAACCUCCACCUGCUGAUGUCGGCCUUUUACAAGCCUCAAAAGGACGGCCGGCACAAGAUCAUCCUGGAGAGCAAGGCUUUUCCCAGCGAUCACUUCGUCGUCGAGACGCAGAUCAGACACCACGGCCUCUCCCCGGAAACCUCCAUGGUCUGCAUCGAGCCCAAGGACGCCGCAAAGGACAGCACGCUCAGCACCGAGCACAUCCUCUCUGUAAUCGCGGAGCACGCCUCCGAGACCGCCCUGCUCCUCCUGCCGGGCAUCCAGUACUACACCGGCCAGCUCCUCGACAUCCCGACCAUCACGGCCUUCGCGCGCAAGCACUCCGUCUUCGUCAUCUGGGACCUCGCCCACACCGUCGGCAACGCGCCCCUGCGGCUGCACGACUGGGACGUCGACGCCGCGGCGUGGUGCACGUACAAGUACCUCAACGGCGGGCCGGGCUGCAUCGGCGGCGCCUUCGUCCACGAGCGCCACUCCCGCGUGACGACGGCCGUCUCGGACCCGGACGCCGCGUCGGGGUACACGAACCGCUUCGCCGGGUGGUGGGGCAACGACAAGUCGUCGCGCUUCGUCAUGGCGACCAAGUUCCACCCGGCGCCCGGCGCGGCGGGGUUUCAGCUGAGCAACCCCAGCGUGCUGGAUAUCACCAGCCUCUGCGCGUCGCUCGAGGUGUUUGAGCUGGCCGGCGGGGUAGUGCCGCUGAGGGAGAAGUCGCUGCGGCUGACGGCAUAUCUGGAGGGCUUGCUCGAUGGGCUGCCGGAGGAUGUGCAGGCGUUGUUCAGGAUCAUCACCCCGCGGGAGCCCGAGGCGAGGGGUGCGCAGCUGAGUCUGAUGCUUGCGGAUGGACUGCUGGACGGGGUGAUGGAGUACUUCGAGGAAGAGGGGGUCAUCAUUGACGAGAGGAAGCCGAAUGUCGUGCGGGUUGCACCGGCGCCUUUGUAUAAUAACUUUGUGGACUGCUUCGAUUUUGUCGAGCAGUUUGCAAAGGCUCUGAGGAAGGCAAGCAAGAGUUCGUAG